AAGCUCCGCCCCAGAAACUAAUGUACCCUGUCUUACAGUCGUUCACAGCCUCAGAGUCGUCGCGGAGAGCGGCUUUCCGUCCUCUUUAGCGCGUGUCACCGGAGCCGCGGCUUUAUUCGCCGUUUUUUUCAGCGCCGUUCGUUGAGCGUUUGAGGCCGGCGUGAGUUUCAAUGACGCCAUGAUGUUAUUUUUACCCGAUGAGCUCACGAGCGCCGAACUCGACUCAAACCUGACCAGCGGCAGCGCUAACUAGCCUAACUACCCACACGCUCACCUCUAUCUGUGGAUUUACUGUAAAAUGAGACGGACUGAAACUUUCAUGGAGAUCUUCAUGAUGGUGAGGAGAUGCAUGAUACCAUGCCGCUGUCCCUCGUCUGUGGAGGCCCUGUGAUGCUGUGAAAGAAACUCCCAUCAGCCACUGCGCUCACACACACACACACACACACACACACUUUUCCUCUGGAGUUUCCUCUGGCUUUUUCUCACACGUUUUUAGGCCGCCACCAGAGUGACAUCAUCCGCCGCUACAAUGGGGCCGUUGAUCUCCUGAGGGCCCGCCGGCAGACACACAGAGAGCGUUAGCGCAGAGACGGACCGAGGGAUUGUGGGUAUGUGCGAGCGAGCGGCGCGGCCCAUCGGGGCCGAGGGCCUGGUGGCUCUCCUGGAGGGCGGCCUGGACCGCGUGCUGCUGAUCGACAGCCGGCCCUUCGUGGAGUACAACGCCUGUCACAUCCUGGAGGCCGUCAACGUCAACUGCUCCAAACUGAUGAAGAGGAGAUUACAGCAGGACAAGGUCCAGAUCAGCGAGCUCCUGCAGCACUCGGCCAAAAGAAAGCUGGAGCUCCAGGGUCAAGAGGUCGUGGUAUAUGACCAGAGCUCGUCUGACCCCGCCUCCCUCUCGUCAGAGGCUUUUCUUAGCGUCCUUUUGGCUAAGCUGGAGAAGAGUUUCCCAUCAGUCCACCUGCUCUCAGGUGGCUUCGUGGCGUUCUCGCACCUGUUCCCGGGUUUGUGUGAAGGGAAGUCCACGGUGGUGCCGUCCUGCAUCUCUCAGCCCUGUCUCCCGGUCAGCAGCAGCGGACCGACCCGCAUCCUGCCGCACCUGUACCUGGGCUGCCAGCGAGACGUGCUCAACAAGGAGCUCAUGCAGCAGAAUGAAAUCGCUUACGUGCUGAACGCCAGCAACACCUGUCCCAAACCAGACUUCAUCCCUGACUCCCACUUCCUCCGCGUGCCGGUUAACGACAGCUUCUGUGAGAAGAUCCUGCCCUGGCUGGACCGAUCCGUGGAGUUCAUAGAGAAAGCCAAGGCCAGUAACGCCAGAGUCCUGGUGCACUGUCUGGCGGGAAUCUCUCGCUCGGCCACCAUCGCCAUCGCCUACAUCAUGAAGAGGAUGGACAUGUCGUUAGAUGAAGCGUACAGGUUCGUGAAGGAGAAACGGCCGACCAUCUCGCCCAACUUCAACUUCCUGGGUCAGCUGCUGGACUUCGAGAAGAAGCUGAAGAGCGUGAGCGCCGCUCCGCCGCCGGACGAGCAGAAGCCGGAGCCGCUGACCAUGCCCUGCGUUCUGGCCGGCGUCCCCGAGGAGCGUCUCCUGGCCCGGGCGCUCUGCGGCCUGCAGCUCGGCGAGGAGCCGGAGGACCACGUCCGGCCCAAGCGCUCCUUCUCCCUGGACAUCAAGUCGUACGGCGAGCCCGGGGCGUCCCUGCGAGCGUUUCCCGUCGGCGAGCCCUGCCAGUUCUCUCCGGUGCAGGAGGUCUCGGAGCAGAGCCCGGCUGAAGACAACGCCAAGUCCCUCCAGCGCAGCGGCAGCGUGGACGGAGCUCCGUCUAAAAGCGCCCAGGCGCUCAAAGGCUGGCACUCGGACAUCGUCCUGGGGCCCGUGACCGGAGGCUGGUUCCUCUCCUCGGAGUCGGCGCGCUUCUACGGCUGCGCUCCGGGUCUGGAGGCGGUCAGGAGACGCGGCCGGCAGCGCAGCGGAGACGGAGGAGACUCUCGCAGGAGCUGGCACGAGGAGAGCAGCUUCGAGAAGCAGCUGAAGCGCCGGAGCUGUCAGAUGGACGGCAUGACGGACAGCCGAUCCCGAGAGGAGAUGGGCCCGAGGAGCGGCCAGUCCAGCUUCUCCGGCAGCAUGGAGGUCAUCGAGGUCUCCUGAGGUUCUCAUUCAGAUGCGUGAAGGUGGAGAGUCUCUCUGAACGCCAGACAUCCAGUACCUCACCACACAAACUAAGGCACUGCAGGCAAAAACUGUUAGAGAUUUGUUUUCGGACUAGUGGAAAGAAAACAUCCAAAAGACACCGUUAAGUCUUUAUUUUAGUGCACGUGGUCUCUUUGCGUCAGAUAGAUGUACAUUCUUGAAGGCCGUUUUCUCAAAAAAUGUUUUUUCUCCUGCACUGAGCCAUAAAUCUCCACUUCAGUAGAAGACCAAGCUUAACAUUUUCAUUCCUGAAUAAAAAUCCUGAAGGAGUUUAUAGUUUGCUUGAUCGUGUGCAGCAUUUUAAUGCCCCCCAAAAAUGUAGUGUUUUCUGUCCGUUCUGAGCGUUUAUGUUCUGAAUUAUGACCCAGUUUCCUGUAAAACCUUUUGACUCAAGAUAAUUACACGAGAAUCAAGUGUUUAGAUAUUUUAUUAAAUAAUAACUCAUUUGCAUUUCUGUACCUAACAUUUUAGAAAACGUGUAAUACAAAAAUGUUUUAGUGCAGUUAUUAAAGUAAUCAAUCAGCUGGGUAAGUAAGGCACUGAAUAUUAGUUAUAUAAUAUAUAUAUAUAUAUAUAUAAUGAUGUAAAAUGUAUAAAUUAUUUUUGGGUUUUGACUAUGCAUCACCAGCUGAUUGAUUACAUUAAGAAUUACAAAUAUUAAAUAUAAAUAUAUUUAAAUAUGCAUAUUCAAUGUCAGAAUUAGUUAUAAUUAAAUCUGGGCUGCAUUUAGCAUUAGCAUACUUUUUUUUUUGAAAACACCGUCAAUAGACAGAAAGCAAUUAGAUUUUCCCCAUGUGUGAAUGAUGUUUGAACAAACCCCUCAGUAAAAGCCUUGAAGAAUAUAGUUUUAUAGGAUUGCAAUUGGAAUCUACAGACUCACUGUAGUAAUAAUAAUAAAUAAAAUUCAAUAAGAUAAACACUUAAAUGUGUAUUUUGGAUGUUUUAGUCCACUAGCAUGACAUAAGAAGCAAAACAGAGCUCCGAACUGAGCAGUGCAUUAAAACGCCUGUAUCGUCUUGCCUUAAGAGUGUAUUUUGAAAUACUUUUGAUAUGCAUGUGUUGAAUUAUGAUCUCAGGAAGUUGCAAAUCUGUUGGAGAUCUAGAAUCGAACACACACACACACACACACACACACACACAGUGAUUCUCUCCAUCGUCAGGCUCAAGCAAGUGAUGAAGCUCUUUUCCAUCAAGGUUGAACAGACGGAGAUGUCAGUCCUGUUGAGACACAGACAAGAAACACUUUAUUAGUCUGAGCACUUUACAGCCAGAAAGCCUCUCUCCUUCACUGGUGCUUUGGAGCGGAGCGAACGAUUCAGAACAGUGUUCAUGUUCCUAGACUCAUUCUGAGGCCUUGAACUCGUUCCUCGGCAUUGAAUCGUCUUUUCCAGGAUCAGCUAAAAGACUCCUGAUCGCGCUGAAACCAUCUUCCUCUGAUCUGCGUUUGAUGAAUCUGGACAGAAGGACAGAGUUUCCUAAAGCUGUGAAAACUGAGCUGAAGACGGAACGAAUCAGAAGCAGUGACUGAAGCACGAGUCUGAAUCACGCUUUUACACAGGCCUCAAAUCUGCGGUGAUCAAUGUUUUAUAUUUUUACAAUAAAGUCAAAUGACUGAUAUAAUCAUUCAUAAGACAGAUCAGACAUUAUUUUUGUGAUUUGUGUCUCUGAUGGUAUCGCUGUGAGACGAACAAGAGUUAUUAAUCAGUGACUGUUUAUUGAUUGUUGAAAUAAAAAUAAGUGGUACUUGAA